UCCCAGCUCCAUAGGUACAGAUGGGGACAUUUUGCCUCCCUGUGCCUGAGCAGUGGGUGCGGGCAAGCACUGCGGUCUGUGCUGGUGGCCAUGGAGUGAGUGGUCUGGUGAAGCCUCCAUCCCUGGUGAGUGGGACUCAUCCUCCCCUCUGCCCCAGAGUCGGGCUGGGUUCCCUGGAUGUAGAGCCACAAAGUCCCCAUGUCCACACAGCUGAGACCCACGAAGCCCCUGCCACCAGGCCAGGGCCUGCGUGUGGCCUUUGCUUCCCACCCUAGGGACCCACUACUGUGCCCAAUUCCUCCUCCACCGCCAUGCUGGCGGAGGGUGCAGCAUCCCAGUGGGACUGUUGGUGUGUCUCGACAGGACGAUCUCCCUCCCCUGAAAUUCCUGUUGGGGGAUUCCUCCUGCACUGUCUCCUCUUGCUGCUGCCGGUCCUGGCACGCUGCUGUGGGAUGCAGGAUACUCUGGGUGCUCCCCGCCCACAAGCUGCCUGAGCUGCCCCUUGGGAGGGAUCAGGAAAGCCCAGCAAGGCCAGCUGGAGAAUUGAAAUGAAGUCUCCUGGAAUAACCCCCUGGCAGCACGUCCCCAUGGUUGCUGGGGAGGGAUAGCAGCCAAAGCUCGUUUCAUGGUCCGAGGGUUGCAGUAACCCCCCUCCAAGGUCCUCUGCCAGGGGCGGAGCCAGGAGCGUUUCAGAGAUGGAGGGGGAGGCAAAUCCUUUAAGCUGGGCCUGCAGCCACAGUGGGUUUUGCCAUGCCCCUCGCUGGCUUUGCAGCUCCCACGUGAAUGAAGCCGAGGACUGAAAAUGCUGCAUACUUGGUUGCAGGCCAGCUCUUAAUCCCAUGGCCUAGGGGCUGCUAUUCACAGAGCAACAGCUUUGCAAGCAACUGUGUGCUGCCGGGACGGGCACCCCAGGGCUGGCACCCCAGGGCUUGGCUGUCCCCGCACCUUGCAGUGGCAGCCAUGGGUGCCGGUGGGAUGUGGUACUGCGGGGUCUGCAGCCAUGGUGCCGGCUCCAGGUGGUGCCAGCGGGCAGCAGCCUGUCAGCACCUGUUUUUCGGGAGCGCUCCAACACACCAACUCCUUUCCCAUCAGCUCCCUGACAGCCGGGGUUUGGCAGGAAUCUUGGGGGAUGUGCUCAUGGCCUCUUACCUGGCUCCUGAGGUGCUGCAGACUUUGCUCUGGCUGUGCUUUGCUUUCCUGCAACCAGAAACACCUGCGGGGACCUGGUUCCCCCUCACCAGGCUCCAGGUUAGCUGCUUUCCAUGCCAAAUGCCUGGGAGCCUGAUUUGGGGUGGUCCUGGGCUGCUGUGUGCUGCCCUGUGCCCCCCUUCCCUGGCACAGGCAGGCGAUGGGGACCUUGCUCAUGCAGAGGGGGACAAGACCUGGGAGGGGACGGGGUGUUUUGGCAGCUAUUUAAAACUCAGGUAGGUGAUUUGGGUGGAGGGAAGGUACAAAGUGACCCACAGGAAGAGGCCAAGGAGUUGCUCCUGAAGAAGGCUGGAUGGUGGGAGCGCACUAUGAGGGUUGCUGGCUGUACCGUGGAGGCCAGCGACAUGGCGUGAGGUGCUGGGAGAGGACAGCCUGCACCACUUUGUUCCCGUUUCAUGGCAGCCUUCAGUUUGGCACUGGUCCUUCGCAUGCCACUGAGCUCUGCACUGUGUUGCCUGGGCACUGGAGGAAGCGCUGGUUGAGUUGGCUGUGACAUGUCUGUCUGAGGUGGGGUUAGGAAAUAGAAUUUUGUUUUACAUUCUUAAUGUUAUGACCCAGCUUUAAGAAAAUUCUCCAUCUUGGGAGCCUCAGGCACUUGGUGGUCUGCCUGUGCCAGCCUCCCCCCUGCUCUCCCCAUGCCUGCUGGGGAAGGGAUGGCUGCCAGCAGCUGGCAAAGGAUGGAUUUCUGCUGCUCCCAUGGGAAUUUUUAUCAGGUCUGGUUUUGUCCUGUCAGCAGAACUCAUCUUGGGGCUGCUGGGUGUUCUGCGCAGCCCCACAUCCUGGGAAGAGCUGAGUCCAUCCCGCAGCACAGGCUUGGCAUUAGCAAGACGUUGGGUCAGGCUCUGCUGCCACCGUGACGGGAACGGCUUGCGUGCUGAUGCCGUGAAUAACAUACAUGAGCCGCUGGCCAAGUACAAGGACCCUGUGUGACGAUCUGCGGGACCGAUGCUGGGGCAUCCCCUCUGUGCUCCCUACCACCAUGCAAAGCUGUUCUGUACCUCACAGAGCCUCUCUGUGCAUCAGUGUCUCCAUUCCAUUCCUGAGUCCUUGCCUGGGUGACAAGCUGCGGGCUCGUUGGCGUGUCAAGGAACAGAGCGUCAGUGUUGUUUUCCUAAUGGGCCUGGAAGGGAAACAGAGAUCAAAGGCUCUGAAUCUCCCCAUUUCUGGUGUUUGUUUGAGGCAUCAGAGCAUCUUCCCUUCUCCUUGGGAAAAAUAUUACGGCCAAAAGCCAUGUUCCAUCUCCAAAGGCAGAGAGAGAUGCCAAGUCACCCCCAGAGCAGUAAGGUGGCAGGAAAUACUGCGCUUUUUUGUUUUGUGGGUGUUUUAGGGUUUUUUUUCCAUUUGCCUGUAGGUUUAGAGGCCACCAUGUUAUUCCUUGACUUUUCUUUUCAAGACCAAAGCGUUCUUUGAAUGGCAAAGCGAGGAUACAAUGUGAUUCCUGGGACUGAGCCUCCCUCCCAGCCAGUGGUGAGGGAGCCUUCUCCAGCCUGGCCGCCUCUUUUUACAUCAUCUGGCUGGUUUUGGGGCUAAACUAGGAGUUUUUCUAUGUGUUACUCUUCUUGGAGGAGCUCAGUGCCCCAGGGGCAGCAGGUAAUGCCAUCCUGCCCUUGGUGAAGGGGAGGCAGGGUUGGGUGCUAAAGGCUUUGGUCUCUCCUUGGUCACUGUGAUAGCACAGGCCAUUUGUAAAUGAGUGACACUGGGGUGGCAAUGCCAAGCGGCCCACUGCUACCCAAGGAUGAUGAUGGGAAGGAUCCAGUCCCAGUGUGAGCUCGGCACAUUCGGCUCCCUCUGGUUCUACUGGCACCGAUGGGAACUUUGUUUUCCCACUGAGAAACCAUUUCUGGGGGACUUUCUCUUGCUAUUGUUCAGCUCAGGAAACAGCCAUUGGCGUCGGAGCGAGUGGGACCAUAUAGGGCUUGGAGGGGAAAUACCAGCUCCCCCACCCACAUCCCCACAGGGAUUUCUGGUCCCGGUUGAGUGACGGCUAAAACGGGACGAUCCUGUCCUCCGACCACCCCAGUAACAUCCUAAAGAUGCCAGCGCAGUGGGAUAGGCUGAAGCUUUGUUGGGAUGCAGCAUUCUUUGCUUUCUUGGCAUGCUGGCUCUGUGCUAUCACUACAUUGUUGGCAUUUGUGUGCCACUUGGUUGCUUUUUAGCGAUCCGGGUGUUUCCCAUCACCACUGGCAUUUUGCCACCCCAGAUCCAUGCUUUUUGGAUCCACAUGCAUGAUUACCAAGUGCAGCAAGGCACUGGGAUGCCAGUCCCAUCCGCAUACUGCCAAGUCCUGCCUGUGCCAUACCCUCCCAGCCCGCACCGGCAAACCUUGUUAGCGCCACACUCAAUUAUUGCAGCAGGUUAAUUAGUAACCCGAAGCCCCCGUCUUCUGGUGAUAAACUACUGCAAGAAGCAGACAGGGAGGAACACGAGCGGCUGUGCCUGUGGUGCUGUGCCAGCGCCAGAUCCGUGCUGGCUAGGAAUGUUCCCAGGAGAAGCCCAUGCUUGUGGGAGAGAUCUGCCAACAGGAAUGCCGAGUUCUCAAGCAAGUGGUAUUCCCACAGCCUCCCCAUCUGACAGCCCCUGGGUGCCUGGGAAAGCUCAGGAGCCUCUGCAGGUGGUGCUGAUGGAUGCCCUGUAUCUGCUUGUAGCAGACAGAACAGGAUUCAGCCACUUACUAGGUUUUGAGAAGGAUGCUUUGAGAGUGGCACGGGAGCAGGAUGCAGUGGUCACAAAACGGGUGGUGGCUUGGCUUUGGGCAUUAGCAAGUGUUCGGCUCUGCUGGCUGGUCUGGUAGCACCCAGCUGUGGGGGCUGUCCUGCCCAAGGGCACGGGGCUCCCACUGGUUGCUGGAUCACAGAAUCCCAGGCUGGUUUGGGUUGGAAGGGACCUUGAAGCUCAUCCAGUUCCAACCCCCUGCCACGGAGAGGGACACCUUCCACUAGACCAGCCUCGGCCCUUGCGCAGGAUGAGCAGGAGGUGAAGCUCAGCAGUCACAGCAGCACAGAGGUGCAGUUUGUGGUGCAGGGAAGGCGUAGAGUGUGAUGGGAAGGGCUGUGGGUGCGAAGGCUGCGGCUGGGUGGAGCACAUGGGUGCAGCAGCACCUGAGGGUGGUCAGCGCUGGCUUGGGUGCAGGUCACAGCAGCCCUUGCUGCAUAUAAAAAAGAAAACUGUGGUGGAGCAGAGUGCAGGAUGAAGGGGUGGAGAAGGGGCUGCAGAGAACAUUGCCUGCCUGGUCAUGAAUGGCAGAAGGAGUUUUUGCAGCCACAGUUGCUCCAGGAUGAGCCUGGGAGAGCCUGUUCCUGCCAGGCUGCAGUGGCAGAGCAGUUUGCAUUGUGCCCGGCUCCUCAGCUAAACUGCAAGAGCUGAAAGCACCCAUGACAAUAAUUUCAGGGCUGGUGAACUAGGAAACCACUGUUUCCUUCUGUUCCUGUCACUUGUGAUAAGAAGCCAAGGCCUGAACCGAGAUGUGAGGCCGGGAGUGGAAGAGGGAACCCUCCAUCCCGCUCUGAGUCACUGGCGGUUGGUGCUAGUGAUGGGGCGCUGGGACACCCCUCAGUGCCCACACCCGCUGCUGGCUGCCCUGUCCUUCUAGCCCUGGUGCUCAUGGCUCCUCCUCAUGGCAGAGGUCCCAGGGAGCUGUGUCCCACCAGCACAGCCUUUUCUCUCCAUCCCCUGAUGCCAUGGUAUGGGUGAUACCCAAAUACCCACGUGGCCCCUUUCUUUUGUACACUUCCAGGCCCUGCUUUGUCCUCAGAGGCCAAGCCAAAGCAGAGAGCUGCCCAGGAUGAAGGUCCUCCUUCUGCUCCUUCUCUCCCCGCUCCAAGGGGUGGGAGCCUGUGGCCACCAGGAAGAGGACUUCCGCUUCUGUGGUGACCGAAACCAGACCCAGAACAGCUCCAUCAUCUAUGAGCACGGCCCUGCCGCCUUCUCCAUCGAGAACACGGCCCAGGCACUGAUCAUAAGAAGGCCCUUUUUGCCAAGUAGGAGAAACUCCUCGUACAAGUACAGCUUGCCCCCCACACUGGGCAGGUACCGCUUCUGCAUCUGCUGGUUCAAGGCCACCAGCACCCUGCAGCUGGUCUAUGGGAAACAGAGCUUUCUCCUGGGCCAGGACCCGGCCAGCAGCAGUGCCCGGGAGAAGCAGGGUCAGGAGACUGCAGGAGCCAGCACGUCCAUCUUCAACGUGUCCUACAUCUUGAAGGGCGGGAAGAACACUUCCCUCGACAGUACCUCUGAGUACUUCUUCCCCGCCUCACCAGAGGACAUGCCCAUCUGGGAGCAGGAUGUGGAGGAGCAGCUCACUGCCUUGGACAGGCUCAUUGCCCAGCCCGCGGAGCCAGAUGCAGGAGCCAUGGAGCAGCGGGUGCUUCGGCUCAAACUAGGGGAGCUGGAGAAGAUGCUGACCAAGGUGGAGCUUGAAGGGCAGAACCAGACCUUCGGAAAGGCGACCGUGCGUGCAACUGUCCUGAGGGUCCAGCCCGCUCAGGCUCCUCGGAACCUGGUCUUUGCUUCCCAAAGAGAGGAGGGCAGAGAGGUCCAUGGGAUCGCGGUGGACCUGCCGAGUAGCCUGUUUGUGACGGCAAAGGAGAGGGAGGAGGUGGUAGAGCACAGAGUGCUCCUGAUAGACAUCAGCAGCCAGACCAUGUUCCAGGAUGAAAACAGCAGCCACGUCCUGGGUGACAAGGUGGUCGGCAUCUCCCUGGUGGACUUGGCGGUGGCCAACCUCUCCGACCCAGUGGUCCUCACUUUCUUCCAUGGCCAGCUGCCAAGGAACGUGACCCUGCUGUGUGUCUUCUGGCGGGAGGACACCACUGCCAACUCUGGGAGCUGGGACAGCUUCGGUUGUACAACAGAGAUGGAGGGCAGCUGGACAGAGUGCAGAUGCAACCACCUCACCUACUUUGCUGUGCUGAUGGUUUCCUCCCUGGAGAUCACCUACGUACACAGGGAUUACCUGAGUAUCAUAACCUAUGUUGGUUGCCUGAUCUCAGCUUUAGCAUCUGUUUGCACCAUCUUAUUCCUCUACUUCAGAAGCAAGCAGAGAGACCAGAUCACGAGCAUGCACAUCCACAUGAACCUGUUGGGCGCCAUCUUCCUCCUGGACGUCACCUUCCUCAUCUCUGAGCAGUUAGCUUCCAGCAGCAGCGAGGCCAUCUGCAGAGCUGGUGGGCUUUUUCUGCACUUCUCCCUCCUGAGCUGCCUCACCUGGAUGGGCAUCGAGGGCUACAACCUCUACCGGCUUGUGAUCGAAGUCUUCAGUGCCUACCAUGAUCACUUCCUCCUCAAGAUCUGCCUGGUGGGCUGGGGACUCCCCUUUGUCUGUGUGAUGCUGAUCUUCCUGGCCAGCUGGAGAAACUACGGCCCCUACUCCAUUCCCAUCUAUGAAUCCAUUGGUGGCAAAUCCACCAACGCAACCAUAUGCUGGAUCACGAGCCCCCUGAUCCAUAACGUUGUGAACCUGGGUUUCUUCAGUCUGGUGUUCCUCUUUAACUCGGUCAUGCUGGGGGCCAUGGUCCGGGAGAUCCUCUGUCAGAACAACAAAGGUCACAAGGUCAAGCAUGUCCUCGCUCUCUUUGGGCUGAGCAUCCUGCUGGGCAUUCCCUGGGCACUGGUCUUCUUCUCCUUCACCUCUGGUGUCUUCAGCCUCGUCUCCCUCUACCUCUUCACCAUCAUCAACUCCCUCCAAGGUUUCCUCAUCUUCCUCUGGUACUGGACCAUGGUGCUGCAGGCGAGGAAGUCCUCUGAUUUGUAGGGCAGCUCCGACAGCAUCGAACUGCAGCCCAAGAGCAGGCAGAGCCCCACCAUGGCUGCACCACGCCAAGGACAGCCACAGGAAGGACCAAUGCUGUCCGCUUUGCUACUGCACCCACCUCAGGGGCUGCUGGAGCCCAGGGACCCCUUGCCUCUGCCAGCCCCCUCCGCAGCUUUCCCUUGGCAUCUCUUGGCUUGGCAUCCUUGAGGCAGGAGGGAGGGAUGCUUGCCCAGGCGGUGGUUGUUGCAGGAGGUGGAAGGGGCAGGGAGAGGGUCCCCAGUGCCUCUGGAUGUCCCCUCCCAUGCCCCGAGGCCAGGGAUGAGCCUUUUCCCGGGUGGGAAAGGCCCCAUCUUCAGCCCUUGCUGGUGGUUACCAAGAAGGUCCUUCCCCAGUGAAGACAGAAUAACUCUGCCUCCAGCUCCCUCCAGCAGCUGGAAUAGUCUAUUUUUGUUAAUUUGUUGAAUGUCUAUUUUUGGAUGGUGCAGAAAUUCAGUGGGUAUGCCCGCACGCCAGAGUUGUGCCCAUUAAAGUUGUUCCUGCUUGGAACACA